AUGGCGCCCAUCCAGUUGACAGCUAUCAUCACCCCCAAGCCGGGAAAAGCAGAACGAUUCCUAGAGCUCUUCGAUAUGUGCGCCCAGUACGUUCAGGCUAACGAGCCCUAUGUUCAUCGAUACGAAUUGCACCGUGGCAUUAAGGAGCUCAACGAUGGCAAGGAGCAAUUUGUCGUCCUUGAAGGCUAUGAUGAUCAAGAGGCCUUGGACAAGCACAUGAAAUGUCCUCCUGUUUUAGUGAUGCUUGAGGCUCUUGAGAAGGAACAGUUGAUGGAUAUCCAGCUGAUUCGGACUGCAGCUGGUCCAGGUAUCAAGUCCCGAAUUUAA